AUGGUGAUGCAUUGUAUAGGGUUGUUGUUGCUGUUGACCAUAGUUGUGGCAGAUAUAGGAUUAGGAGCAGCCCGAAAAGAGUGUUCGGAAUCAAGGUACUGCAGAGAAAAUGGCCCUCCUAUCAGAUUCCCUUUCCGACUCAAACACAGACACCCUGAUUCCUGUGGCUAUCCUGGCUUCUCUGUAUCCUGCACAUCUACCAAUCACACUGCACUUGAGCUUUCAAUUGAUUCAAUUCCCACUAACUUCUUAGUAAGUAAAAUAGAUUACAACUCACAGACAAUUCAUAUUUAUGACCCAAAUCGUUGCUAUGAAAAGCUGUUUUUAAACCAUCCAUCAAUUCCUCAUUUCCAUUUUAUUAGUAGGUACGCAUACAACUAUACCCUAUUCAGUUGCUCUUCAUUACUUGAAUCAACAAUCAGCCUGCAGAUCUCCUGCCACGGUGACUCAAGGUUUCGGAUUUAUUUAGUUGAUUCUGGUUAUUAUAUCAAUGACUACGGGUCCUUUGUGUCUUGUACCAAGCUGUGCGACUUACGGGCCAACAUAGAUGUAAUGCUCAGAGAAGUGAAUGAAAUUCGAUUGGAAUGGUCUAAACCAAAGUGUGGAGCUUGUGAAGCAAAAGGCCAGACGUGUAAUUUCAAGAACAAUAACACUCAGCAUGAAACUGCAUGUUUUGGAAAAGGUGUAUCAAUAAAAGCAGUGGUUGCUGGUGGUACCGUAGGUUCCUCUGUCCUUGUACUAGCGAUCAUAGCAUUAAUCUAUCAUGUGUACAAAAAAUACAAAAAUGAUACAGAAAGCAGACUGAAGAUUGAAAAGUUUUUGGAGGAUUACAGAGCCUUUAAGCCCUUCAGAUAUUCAUAUGCUGAUAUUAAGAAGAUUACAAACCAAUUCGAGGACAAGCUUGGUGAAGGAGCCCAUGGAAGUGUGUUCAAAGGAAAGCUUUCAAAUGACAUCCUUGUUGCUGUGAAGAUGCUAAACAACUCCACAGGAAAUGGAGAAGAUUUUGUCAAUGAAGUGAGCACCAUUGGCCGAAUUCACCAUGUCAAUGUGGUUCGCUUGGUUGGAUUUUGUGCUGAUGGGUUUAGAAGAGCUCUUGUUUAUGAGUUCCUACCAAAUGGGUCAUUACAAAAGCACAUUGCCUCCAUAGAUCAAGGCAAAAAAUGUUCUCUUAACUGGGAGACCAUGCAAGAUAUCACACUAGGCAUAGCUAACGGAAUCGAAUAUCUCCACCAGGGCUGCGAUCAGAGAAUCCUCCAUUUUGAUAUCAAGCCUAAUAAUGUCUUACUUGAUAAUGACUUUACACCAAAGAUUUCUGAUUUUGGUCUGGCAAAGUUGUGUUCAAAGGAUCAAAGCUUGGUAUCAAUGACUACAGCUAGGGGGACCUUGGGUUACAUAGCCCCUGAAGUUUUUUCCAGGAACUUCGGGAAUGUGUCUUAUAAGUCCGAUGUUUAUAGUUUUGGAAUGUUGUUGCUUGAAAUGGUUGGUGGGAGAAAAAAUGUAGAUGAGACUGCAGAGAAUGCUGACCAAGUUUACUAUCCAGAAUGGAUAUACAAUCUACUGGAAGAUGGAGAAGACUUGAGGAUCCAUAUUGAUGAUGAAGGAGAUGCAAAGAUUGCAAAGAAACUUGCAAUUGUGGGACUCUGGUGCAUUCAAUGGCAUCCCGGAGAUCGUCCUUCCAUGAAAACUGUGGUUCAAAUGUUGGAAGGUGGAGAUAAAUUAACCAUGCCUCCUAAUCCUUUUGCCUCUACGGGUACGAAACGGAUGAACACGCAUGCGCCUAAAGCUACAACGAAUAUGAAGCAAGGGUUGGAAAUGAUUCCUGAGUGUCUAAACAUCUCGAUUUUGAAGCAUUACGUGGCCCGUACAAAUGCAUUACUGGCAGCAAAGGAACCAGAUGAGGCUGUAAAUUUCCUUCUUUCCUCUCAACAACAACCACAAGCACAAAACUCAGAAGUAAGAAGUGGAAGUAGUACAAACAAAGCAGAAGUCCAGAAGGUGGAUCAUGUUCAAUACUAUGUUGUCCGUACAAAAGCGUUACUUGCAGCAAAGAAACCAGAUGAGGUAUUACUACUACGUCAUAAUUUGGAUGUAAUGCAUGUGGAGAAAAACGUUUGUGAAAGCAUAAUUAUUACGCUUUUGAAUAUUAAUGGAAAAUCAAAGGAUGGACUAAAUGCUCAUAUGGACUUAAAAGAUAGACCGGUUUUAUAUCCUGAAGAUCGAAGCAAUAGAAUAUAUCUUCCUCCAGCCCCAUUUACACUAUCAAAGUAUAUGAAAAUUCUUAAAGGGUAUGUUCGAAAUCAAGCAAGAUCUGAAGGUUGUAUUGCAGAAGAAUGCAUGAAUUUUUGCAAUGAAUUUGUGACACAAUCAAUUGAAGUAAACCAUCAAGAGUGUCACAAUCAAGAUUAUCCGAGUGAUACAAUUAUUGAAGGUCGGCCAAUUUCAACAGGAACAUCGAUAACUUUAAGUGAUGAGAUGUUAGAAAUUGCACAUUGUUAUGUAUUGUUCAAUUCAGCCAUAGUGGAGCAUUUUCUUGAGUAA